AUGAGGGCUGUAAUCCAACGCGUAACAGGCGCAUCUGUCACGGGCAAGUCUCGAAAUACUCACUUUGGGCCAGACCUUAUUUCUCAAAUCGGACGUGGAUUCUGUGUUCUCGUUGGCAUUACGACCGAUGACACGGAAGCUGAUAUGGACGCGUUAGCCAAGAAACUACUUUCGGUCAGACUGUUUCCUGAUCCAGAUGGGAACAAGCAAUGGGCAAAAUCUGUGACUGAUCUCCAGCUAGAGAUCCUCUGUGUGUCGCAGUUCACGCUGCUUACAAGGGCUCAAAACCUGACUUUCAUCAAGGCAAGUUUCAACCACGCUCGUUUACCAACAUCAAAAUGGAAGGCUCACGCAGUGUUCUUCUCAGCAAUGAAAUCAGAUACAUCCAAAGAAUUCUACGACAAGUUUCUGGCAAAGUUGCGAUCCAGUUAUCAGGAAGAUAAGAUAAAGGAUGGCGUAUUCGGAGCCAUGAUGUCUGUAGACAUCAAGAACGAUGGCCCCGUGACUCUACUCCUCGACAGCAAGGGUCAGAGAGCUGGCAAGGAGCCAUGGACGGAAGGCCUCAUAUGA